AUGUUCAACAUCCAAGUGCGCUCCAGAAUCCUCAGCUGGAGACCGGUGAGACCGCUUGGUCUCCACAAGUCACACUGGUUCUCGACAACAUCGAUAUUGGCGAAGCAGACUUCGUCUGCCAGUGUCUCGAGCUCGUCUCCACCUGUGAGCUUCUUCAAAAACCCGGACGGAAGAAAGACCUUCCUCAUCAACGCAUACAAGCACUUUUUUGAGACCAAUGAGUUGAUCCUGUUUGUGCAUUGGAACAACCUGUUAAAGGAGGAUGAGUUUCGCUACAGAAACGCCAUCAAGAACGCCGGUGGUGAUCUCAGAAUGGUCAGAAACAAGCUCCUGAGAGUUUAUUUGAGGGCGCAAGACCAGGAGAACCCAGCCAGUUGGGAUGCGCACAAGUAUAUCAAGAGAACGAAGCCCAAGCAUGCUUUGGAACCUCUGCUGAAAGGUCCUACCGCGAUGAUUUUGAUCAAGGAAAGUGAUCCAGAGAUUGUUAAGAAGAUUCUCAAAGUGCUAAAACCUGCACGUGAGCAACUGUUUGUUAUUGGAGCUCUGGUUGGCAAAGACGUGCUUGACGUCACCCAGAUAGACAAGUUCAAGGACUUGCCCACAAAGUCACAACUGCAGUCCCAAUUGGUGGGCUUGUUGACUAUGGCUGGUGGCGCUGGUGUCACAAAGACUUUGCAGGCCGCAUCUCAAACGCUCUUUUUGAACCUGAAGGAACACGAAAAGACGUUGGAUCCAUCCUCAAAGGAAGAAUAG